AUGAUUCUUCCCAAGCCAACACAAGAGAGAGAGAUUAGUCUCUUGAUGCACUACCUCGACGAUGUGUUCCCUCUGCAAUUCCCUUUCUACCAUACUUACACUCGAGGGAAGAGAGAAUGGCUCCUGGCAGUAUUGACUUCCACAAGGGCGGUCUAUUACUCCACUCUGGGACUCAGUCUCCUUCACAAGGAACAAUCCUCUGGCUCGGUCCAACCCGGACUCGUCGCCACAUGGCAAGAAGAGAGGGCCCGAUACUAUAUCCUGGCAUUGAAGGAGGCACGGCAUCCUCUGCGGGAACUAAGUCCGGUGAGUAACGUAGAAACGGUCAAGGGCAGUAUCCACACCCUGGCGAGCAUACUGCAUUUGAUCAGCUAUGAGUCGUCCGCGCACGUCCGCGGAAACUGGGGAGUACACCUCCAAGCGGCAACAACAUUAAUACCGACCAUUGUUGAUGGCUGGGCCCGUGUGGCACGAUCGUCCCAGUUCGAAUCGAAAACAACCUGGGGGCAUCUGGAUCUCUGCAGUGGCCAAGGCACGGAUGGCGAGGCGUCACUGUCCUGUGAGAACGUCAGCGCUUUGCGGUUUCUCGCCAAUGCGUUGGCCGUGACUGGUAUCCUUGCCUGCAUUUCUACUGGGCCGUCUGCUGCGCUAGAUGACUACCGGUAUCUAAUGAACAGCACUGGUGAUAUGAUCCGAUGCGACGAAUUGGUCGGAUGCCAGAAUUGGGUGAUAUGCGCCAUCUUGGAGAUCGGCUUGCUGGAUAGAUGGAAGCGAAAAGAGGGAGAUGGCCAUCGUCUCAGUUUAAGGGAGCUCGCCAAUCGCGCCAAGACCAUCGAGGAUGCUCUGGAAAAUGGGAUCAGGCAGCUGUCCGCGGCGGAGGCGUGUCAGGCCGUCACCACCGUCACCCGGAUCUAUGCCACGUCGACCCUGACCUACCUUCAUUCAGUGGUAUCUGGUCUCAAUCCAAACCUGGAGGAGAUUCAGGAAAGUGUUUCCAGGACGGUUGAACUUCUGGUGCGACUGUCCGAUGUCCAGUUGCUGAAUAACCUCACGUGGCCUCUGUGUGUCACAGGCUGCAUGGCAACACACAACCAUAGAGAGUUUCUCAGAACCCUGGCCAAAUCAGCAGAGCAGACCUUACAGCCUUUGAAAAGUUGCUGGACAAUCCUGGAGAUGAUGGAAGAGAUCUGGGAGAUUGACGAUCACGUGAGAAAGCUGACCUGGUCCAGGUGGGAGCAGGUGAUCGUGAAUGGCCGGUCUCCAGUACUUCUGACAUAG